GCGCGCUGACAGUUGCCACAGCGAGGCUGGCAGGACCUGCAGGCUGACGGGCACUGGUGCUGACGUCACGCGACACCAACGGCUGCUGCAAGACGAUCAAUGGGAGGGUGACGUCAGGCCGCCAUUGAAGCAGCAGAAGCAGAGGCUGGUGUUACAAGACAAGGAAACAGGCGACUGCACCAACUGCUUGCGUACAGAAGAUGACGUGGGUACCCGUGGCGCUAGUGCUGGGCGUGUUGGUGGUGCUGGGUACGGCCAGCCUGCCGUACGGCGUGGAGCCCCUGGAGGACCUGUACCGCCUCAACCGCCUGUACGACCACGACGACCCCUACAUGGCCCUCCUACCACUCGACGACGUUGACAGCCGCAGCGACGACGGUGUGGAGGGAGUAGAUGACAGCCUGUGGGCGGGCACUGACGUGGACACCUCUCUGUACAACAGUCCCCUGUACUCCGAGACACAGGUCCGCGACCAGGAGCACCUGGAGCACAGCGCUCUGCAAGGCUUGCACGCCGUGGCAGGUGGCACGGCAGAGGGCCAGCCCCCCCAAAAGCAGGUGAAGACUGAUAAACCCUUACCUGCUUACUGCAACCCUCCAAAUCCCUGCCCCGUAGGAAAAACAGCGGCAGAUAACUGUGUGGAGAACUUUGAAAACAGUAUGGAUAACAACAAGGAGAUCCUUGCGCACCAGGAUUGCCCCUGUGACACGGAGCACAUGUUCCAUUGCCCGGCCGGCCAGCAGACCGUCACCUCAAAGGGUGUGGGAGGUCAAGCCGCAUUCUCCAAAGUCAUGAGCGAGCUGGCGCAACUCAACGCUGACGACGAUCUGACACUGGCCAAUAACCCAUACCUUGCCCAAGGUGUAAAGCGGGAAAAACUAGUUGCCAAGAAGUCACCAUCACUCCUCCGCCACAAAAGAUCUCAGGAGGAGAUGGACUACAACCCAUACCUGCAGGGUCGCAUGCUUGAGACGGCCGCCAAAAAGUCCCCAGAGAUGGUUCAUCCUGCAUAAAUGCUUUGGGCCUGAUCUUGCUCUCCACAAAUUUCCAUGGAAGGCCAAAGUUUUGGCAUUUUAGUGUUGAUGGUAUUGUGAAUUUGGGAGUUCUCACCUCUCCUGUACCAGAUUUUUCUUUUAUAUUGCACAAGAUAUUAAAAAUAUAUAGAUAUUAAUGUGAUAUCAAAUAUACAGGGUAACUCAUAAAGAACUGGGCACUUUCAAUAUUGUAUUACUCAGUAAUGAAAUGUCUUGUGUACAUACAGCCUAAAUCAGAGUCAGUUUUCUCAUCCCACCAUCUGCCUUUGACAGCUAUUCCAGGCUUACCUGUGUCACCAGUCAGAGCUAGUGACCAUUAGUGUAGCUGUGUGUGCUAUAGUAAGCUGCAGACAAAUUUUAAAGGUAAUUGUACAGCACAGUGCCAAAAACAUGUUCACAUGACAAUUACUGAGUAAUUAUAUUCAAAGUGUCCAAUCCUUUUUAAGUAACUCUUAAUGGUCAUAUUAAUCAUCAUUUGUCUUGAAAAUCUGUAAUGCUUACCUGACCAUAUAUGUUCAGUAUACUUCUUGAAAUCGACAAUAAUCCAUCAUACUUUUAUAAUCUGAAGGACAAUGGAAAACUUUAUGGGCAAAUGAUUUCUCCAUUUGUAACAACAGUCAAGGGUGGUAUAAAAAUGUAUAAUAUUAUACAGAAAGCCAAGCCUCUGUUGGUCAAGCAGUGAAAAUGCCAUUAUAAGUGAUUUUUGGAUGCAUCAUUUGAAAAUGAUUUUUCAAAUUUGGGUUAGGUCUAAUGUUCUUACCUUCAUUUCUUCUAGUGGUUCCAAUAGUCAGUAGGGAACUAAAAACCUUGAUUUUUUUAAACAAUUAUUUAUAUGCCAAGCCAAGCCAAACAGUGACUGUUCCUCAUAUAAGUUAUUUAAGCUGUUGGGAGUGACGACAGCAUGGUUCUGGGGAACAACUUUAGAUUGGAAAAGUUCUCUGGCAACCUACAGAAACUGUUGCACAGUUUUUGCUACCAGUAAAAAGACAAAUGUUAUCAGCUACUAUCUCAAAUUACAACACUUCUAGCUAUUGGCUAGCUGCAAUAGUGAAAUAGAAAUGGAUACCAACUCUCUGUAAUCUUUAUGUCAUGCUACAAUUUACGAUACAUGCAAUAAUCUAAUAUGAAAUAUCUAUAAAUCACUUUAAAAUUUACUGUUUCAUUUAUUUUUUAACAAGAUAGAUGAAGUUAACAAAUGCUGCAACCAAUGCUUAUUUACUGAUCACUUGACAGCAUAAUAAAGACCGUAACACCAAGU